GCGAAGUCAGCGAUGCGCGACCCACGUCACGGCCACACUCAGUCACCGCGCGUCUAGUAGCCUCCGCCGCACACGGGCGGCGCCUCCACCAGCCGGGCCACCACCUCCGCCACGGGACGAUGAGAUCGCUGCCGUGCGCUGGGCCCAUCGUGGCCAGCGACCCAGCGCGCCGGGAGGUCGCGGCGGGCCGGACUCAGUGGCUGGCGGGGGCUCUGGCGCUGCGCUUUGGCUUGGACCGAGGCGUGGAGAACGAGGUGGCCGUGCUCUCCACGGGACUGGACCAGUACCUGCAGGAGACCUUCCACCACCUGGACUACCGCGGCCGGGGCACGGUGGAGGCGCAGGACUUCAGGGCACUAUGCGAGCUGCUCGGGGUCGGUGGUGCGCGCGGGAUGAAGGCCGAGAAACAGCAGCAGCAGCAGGAGCAGCACGAGGUGCGUGAUGGAGAUGCCGAAGGGAAGGAGCGGGGGGAGCAGGAUGGAGAUGCCGAGGAGAAGACGAAAGAGGAAGAGGAGGAGGAGGCGCGAGGGGUCUUGGAGGAGCUGCCCGAUGAAGUGUCCUUCGAGGAGUUCCACGCGCGCCUCUGCGGCUUCUUUAGCGAGAAGGGGGGCACGCUGCGGGAUUGGGGGUGCUUCACUCUUGCGCCCGCAGGAGAAGAGCGCGUGCACGUGGAGGCGCGCGUGACCAGAACCGGACCGCUGCGACGCAGGAUGACCACCACCACCACCGCCGGCAUCACCAGCAGCAGCACCCCCACCUUGAGCAUGGGCACCAGCGCGAGUAGCAGCAGCAGCAGCAACAGGCGCAUCAACGGUAGCAGCAGCAGCAGCAGCAAGGUUGUGUCCUUCGACCUCGAGAACAGCGGGAGAUUUGCAAAAGCGCGCACCUUCCCUGCUCCGCACCGCGCCACGAACUCCUCCUUCGCCUCCUCCUCCGCGUUCUCCUCCUCCGCGUUCUCCUCGCCGUCCAAUUGUGACGGAGGCCGCUGCUGCGAGCUCGUGGUGUCGCUGGAGGAGUUGGAGGACGAGGCAGAGGCGCUGCGCGACGAGAACGAGGCGCUCCGGGAGAUCGCAGAGGGGAUGCGCUGCGCCCUCCAGCGCUCGGACGCGCGCUGCCUGGCGCUGCACGUGGCGCUGGCGCGGAGCCACGGCGCGCACGACGGCUGCUUUCUAGCGCGGCGGCACGCCGAGGGCGAGAGCCUGGCAGCCGGCAACGGGACGAGCGAGGAGGCUCCGAUGGGUGCCACGGCGAGGUGGCCCGAGAGGAGCAUGGUCCUGAGGGAGCUGGAGCUCUUGCGGGGCUCCAGGGACCGCCAAGUGGCCGAGGCCGCGAGAUUCUGCCGGGCCCUGGAGUCGGAGCUGCGCGCCGCUCGCGUUGCGAUGAGCCGCGUGCAGGAGAGGCACUGCGCUCAGCUGGCCAGGCUGCAGCAGGAGGCGGCGGUGGCCCACGGCCGCUGGGCGCGCGAGCGGGCCGAGACGCUGCGACGGGCCGAGGAGGCGCGCCGCCACCUACUAGCGGCGCUGGCGCUGUCCGGGGGCGAGCGGAGGGCACCCGUGGGCUCCGCGGGCUCCGCGGGCAGCAGCGAGUGGAGGAGCGGCGGCGGCGGUGGCGGGCAGCGGCGACGGGAGGGGGUCGUCGGUGCCAGGCCCACGAGCGGGAGCAGCAGCGAGGUGGACGUGGACGGGAGGACGGACGAUGAUGUCACCUCGUCCGAGUGCUCGUUAAGCUGCCCGUCCUCAGUGGGAGUUGGAGAGGACAGGAUGUCUCGCGCGGUGGAAGGGAGAGCAUCCUCCGACGAGGAGGGGGACCCUGGCUCUGGUGCCCGGAGAAAACCCCUGUGCUGCGGGAAGGGGUGCGACGGUGCGAUGCCCCGGCUCACCGGAACGGAGGACGGCUCGGCAGCGGGGUCGGCACAGGGCUCGUCACGGUCCGAGCUCCGGGAAAGAUUGGGGAAGCUCCGCAACGAUUUGGCGGACAAAGAGAGCGAAUUAAAGUUCCGAUUCCAAGCCACGUCGCACUGGUCACAAUACCAAGAGGAACAUUCGUACGCAUAG